AUGGCACAUGUUGAUCGUUUAGCUUUACUUAAUGAUUCAAGACUUAUUAAUAAAAUUUUUAUUGGACGUGCUGAUUUAGUUAGUAAUAAAGUUGACGGAUAUUUAGAAGGUAUUGUCUUUCGUUAUCAUGAUCAUGAUGCUCGAAUAAUUCAUAAAGCUCUUGUAAAACACCUUGACGAUAAUCUUUUUGGUAAACAUCCUGAUUCAUGUGUACAAGAACAAUUAAAACAAGUUCAUCUCUGA